AACGGUCUGAAAAAUAGACAGCAUCUAUUUGAGACGAAGAGAAUAGGAAGAGGCUUAGAGAUCUGACAGCUUCUUCUUCUCGUCUCCUUUGAAUUUCUUCUGAUCAUUGUUGAGGUUGAUGGAGCCGUUCCCAUGCCGGAAUUCAACUGAAGAACUGAGCUAGAUUUAAGACCCCGCACCAUUACAGGCCGUUUUGUCCCCUGCACAGAGUGAGAGAGAAAGGGAGACGCACAGAGAGAGAUUCGGAUAACUUCAACAUGGGAAGGCCUCGUUCAUGCUUCCAAGUAAUCACAUGUGGUGGCGAUUUGAAGGAUGGAGAUGAGAUCGAUGUACUUGAGAGUAAGGAGUCCAAAGACAAACGAUGCUGGAGUUUCCGUAAGAGAUCUUCCCAGCAUCGUGUGCUAAACAACACAGUGAGUGCAGAAGCUCCUUCUGUAGCGAAGGAGAACCUUGAAACUGCUACAUUCGACUUCCAAUCAUCAGCUGCGAAGGAGAACCUUGAAACUGCUACAUUCGAUUUCCAAUCAUCAGCUGCAAAGGAGAACCUUGAAACUGCUCCAUUCGACUUCCAAUCAUCAGCUAACUCCACUGUUCCUGAGAAACCCACUGUAAAACACUUAACCGAUGAGGAGACCCAUGCGCCUAUCGUCGAGAAUCCUAAAGGAUCUGAUAAGGUGGAUGAGGUGGAUGUUGCAUCUGAAAAAGAAAGUAAUGUCGAUCGUGAGCUUGAGGAAUCUACUGUUAUUGCCAUCCAGACUGGUGUCAGGGGGCUAUUGGCGCAGAAGGAGCUGAUUAAACUUAAGAAUGUAGUGAAGGUGCAAGCUGCUGUUCGUGGAUUCUUGGUAAGGAGACAUGCUGUCGGAACACUCCGCUGUGCUCAAGCCAUUGUCAAAAUGCAAGCUAUUGUACGUGCUCGUCGUGCUCAUCUCUCUCCGGAACGAUUGGCUCCAGAUGAACAGCACAAUAAGAAUGAGAAGGAAAAUCUUGAUUCAAAGAACGUGGUAAAGGGAGAGCUGGACAGUUCAAAAUCCAAUUUGCGAUAUAUUUCAAUUGAAAAGCUACUUAGCAAUAGUUUUGCCCGGCAGUUGUUGGAAUCAACACCAAGGAACAAACCAAUCAAUAUCAAGUGCGUUCCUUCCAAAAAUGAUUCUGCUUGGAAAUGGUUGGAGCGCUGGAUGGCUGUUUCAUCAUUGGAUGUCUUGGAGGCAAAGAAUGAAGAAUUAGUCCCUGAUCAAAUGGAAAAAGAAGCUGAGGAGCCGAAGAAAGAAGAAUUAGAAGAAUCAGACGCUGAGCAAUUGAAAAGAGGAAUCGAGGAAUCACAUUUUGAAGAUCCAGUUGACUUAAACCCGUUGUCUGAAACAGAAGAUUUGAAUUCCGGCACCUUAAAAUUAGUUUCACCAUGUGAAAGUGAAGAUUUAAAUACUUAUAGUGCCAAUAACUUACAAUCUCAAACCAGCUGCUCUCCAUCUUCAUUAGAAAAUGAUAAUCUUGAGCAGCCUCGGCCUGAGACUGCUAAAAUAUCUGAAACUGAAGAGACAGCAACUAAGGUUAGUUCUGUACAACACGAGAAAAUACAGACGGAUGAUGUAGAUGUGCAAACAGAGUCAAACUCCUCCUCCGAUAAACCUCAGAUGGAAAGCGAGCAAGUCAAUCCUCUGAAAAGAUUAGCACCUGAACAACUGGAGAAUGAGGGCAAGAAAUUUGGAUCUAGAAAGAUGAACAAUCCCUCAUUUAUCAAUGCGCAGGCAAAAUUUGAACAGUUGAGUUCAGCACCCGAUUUGAUUGGAAGUAUUAGUUCGAUGAAUCAAGAUGAUAGAAUCGAACCUCAUUCAGAAACAGUGUCAUCUGCAUUGGAGGAUACUGUACCAAGGACAAAGGAAACGAGUGCAGUUGAAAAUAUCGUCACUCCUGCAUGUAGGAUAAUUCAAGUCAGUGGCUCUGAAUGUGGUACCGAGCUCUCUAUUUCUUCCACCCUUGAUUCACCUGAUAUAUCUGAAGCAGGAAUGGCAGAUCCACUUCCAAAUGAUGUUUCGGAGAAAGUAGUCCAAGAUCCUAGCAGUGAUCUAAGCGUAGAAGUUGAAAUGAAGGCUUCUACAACUCCAGUGCAAAAUGAUAUCCAACUUCUUCUGGAUCAAUCAGCAGAAGAAGCCAGUGAAUCUAACGGCUAUUCCAUCACUUCAGUACCUGUUGUAGACUCUUCCCCAAGUGAAUCAAAGCUAGGGAGAAGUUCAUCAGAUCAACAGAGAGAACAACAGGAGGCUGGUUCGCAUCAUGAUAAUCAAACAUAUAAAUCUUCUCCAGAAGCUUCUCCAAGAAGCCAUUUAACUGUUCCAGAAUCCCAAGGAACACCUUCAAGUCAGGUAUCGACGAAGGCAAAACGGGAUAAAACUGAUAAAGCAGUCUCUUUUCAGAAGCAAAAGCCUAUAUCAGCAGUAAAGAAAUCACCAUCCAGUUUAAAUCGGAAUUCUGCCUCGAGGAGUAGUACAGAUAAUUCUUACAAAGAUCAGAAGACUGGAAAGAGGAGGAAUUCGUUUGAAGCACGACAGGAAAACCUUGAAAAGGAAUUAAAAGAGAGCAGUAGCAGUAGCUCUCUUCCUCACUUUAUGCAAGCCACAGAAUCCGCUAGAGCCAAGGCUCAGUCAACUAAUUCUCCAAGAUCAAGUCCGGAUGUUCAAGAUGGAGAAAUAUACCUCAAGAAAAGGCAUUCCUUGCCUGCUGAUGGCCGGCAAGUAUCUCCACGCGUCCUGCAGCCAACAUCUCGAACCCAGCAGGGAGCGAAAGGAAAUGAUAAAAUGUGGCGAAGGUAAAGCAGCUAACGACGUGGGCGUAACGAAUGGACUAAAAUUAUGCAAGGGAGACAACUUGACCUCAAUGAGCGCAAACUAAUUUCUGAUCUACAUUUUCAUGACGCUUAGUUAAACAAAGCCAAAAGAUAUAUGAUGGGUAUGCUCAGGAAAGAUGUGUAAAUUGCCAUUUCUGUCUAAUUGUUUGUUUGCUAUCUCUCCAUUUUCCCUCCUCCUCCUCCAAAAAUUUUCCAUCACCUGUUUGUAUAAUUUACAAGUUGUGGUCACUGUGUGCUGAUUUAGUAGGUUUGUGACAAAUGGUUUGGCUUGUGUAUGUGUUUGUGAGGUUACUACAAUGUGAUGAAGAGAUUCAAAGGAUUUAUAUUCCAUUUUUUCUCCUUUAUUCUUUUUA